AUGGCCUUCCCUCCAGGGGUGGCCUUCCCCACUCAGCACUUGCUUAUCGGGCACGCACCUGGGCCAGGCACGAGCUGGGUUCCGGGGAGACGGCGGGAACAAGGCCUCUGUCUGGGGAGUGGGGUCGAAGGAGACUUUCGUGGGGAUACAGCCGCUGUAGGUGAGAAGAGGGCCAAGGAGAAGUGGGGGCUGCGGGCACUGGACCUGUCUUGGGUCCUGAGUGGGAGCCAUGUCAGCCUUUCUGACAGCGGCCACCCACAGGGCCAGUGCGGUGUGGAACCCCAGCUCCCGGAGGCUGGCAGGCGGACGAUGGAGAUGGUGGGCUCUGAGAACCAGGUAGGCAAGUUCCGGGCCUGCCCUGCCCUACAGGGUGCCGCCUGCCUGGUUUCAGUCGGCAAAUCUCUUUCAGCCCUGAAACCGGGACGGGCCUCGUGGGUGCCAUUGGAUGAGCGCAUCAUCUUCUCUGGGAACCUGUUCCAGUACCAGGAGGACAACAAGAAGUGGAGGAACCGCUUCAGUCUCGUGCCUCACAACUAUGGGCUGGUGCUCUACGAGAACAAAGUGGCCUACGAGCGACAGGUCCCACCACGGGCUGUCAUCAACAGUGCAGGCUACAAAAUCCUCACCUCUGUGGAUCAGUACCUGGAGCUCGUCGGCAACUCCUUACCAGGCAUCCCUGAGAACUCCAAGGUAGAGGGCCCUGCGUUCACGGACGCCAUCCGCAUGUACCGCCAGUCCAAGGAGCUGUACGGGACCUGGGAGAUGCUGUGUGGGAACGAGGUGCAGAUCCUGAGCAACCUGGUGAUGGAGGAGCUGGGCCCUGAGCUGAAGGCGGAGCUCGCCCCGCGGCUGAAGGGAAAACCGCAGGAGCGACAGCGGCAGUGGAUCCAGAUCUCAGACGCUGUGUACCGCAUGGUGUACGAGCAGGCCAAGGCGCGCUUUGAGGCGGUGCUGUCCAAGCUGCAGCUGGCCCGGCCAGCCAUGGAGGCGGCCAUCCGCACGGACAUGGACCAGAUCAUCACCUCCAAGGAGCACCUGGCCAGCAAGAUCCGAGCCUUCAUCCUCCCCAAGGCAGAGGUGUGCGUCCGGAACCACGUCCAGCCCUACAUCCCGUCCAUCCUGGAGGCCCUGAUGGUGCCCACCAGCCAGGGCUUCACCGAGGUGCGGGAUGUCUUCUUCAAAGAGGUGACGGACAUGAACCUGAACGUCAUCAAUGAGGGCGGUGCUGACAAGCUGGGUGAGUACAUGGAGAAGCUGUCCCAGCUGGCGUCCCACCCCCUCAAGAUGCAGAGCUGCUACGAGAAGAUGGAGCCACUGCGGCUUGACGGGCUGCAGCAGCGUUUCGAUGUGUCCAGCACGGCCGUGUUCAAGCAGCGAGCCCAGAUCCACAUGCGAGAGCAAAUGGACAAUGCCGUGUACACCUUCGAGACCCUCCUGCACCAGGAGCUGGGGAAGGGGCCCACCAAGGAGGAGCUGUGCAAGUCCAUCCAGCGGAUCCUGGAGCGCGUGCUCAAGAAAUACGACUACGAUAGUAGCUCGGUGCGGAAGCGAUUCUUCCGGGAGGCGCUGUUGCAGAUCACCAUCCCCUUCCUGCUCAAGAAGCUGGCGCCCACGUGCAAGUCGGAGCUGCCCCGGUUCCAGGAGCUGAUCUUCGAGGACUUUGCCAGGUUCAUCCUAGUGGAGAACACGUACGAGGAGGUGGUGUUGCAGACGGUGAUGAAGGACAUCCUGCAGGCUGUGAAGGAGGCCGCUGUGCAGAGGAAACACAACCUGUACCGGGACAGCAUGGUCAUGCACAAUAGUGACCCCAACUUGCACCUGCUGGCGGAGGGUGCACCCAUCGACUGGGGUGAGGAGUAUGGUGGCAGUGGUGGGGACAGUGGCAGCCCCAGCGUCCCGGAAGCAGCCCCGCUUUCGGAAAAGCGACGGCGUGCCAAGCAGGUGGUGUCCGUGGUCCAGGACGAGGAGGCAGGGCUGCCUUUUGAGGCUGGCUCGGAGCCACUAUCACCUGCGUCCCCGGACAGUGUCACCGAGCUGCGCGGUCUGCUGGCCCGGGAUCUGCGGGCUGAGAGCCCCCCGCCGGCUGGCCCUCUGCUCAACGGGGCCCCCUCCCAAGAGAGCCCCCAGCCCGUGGCAGCCCCUGAGGCCUCCUCGCCGCCAGCCUCGCCCCUUCGGCAACCCCCUCCUGGAAAAGCUGCGGACCUUGAGCCCCCCAAACCUAGUGACCAGGAGACUGGGGAGCAGGUAUCCAGCCCUGGUGGCCGCCCCCCCAUCCACACCACCACCGAGGACAGCGCAGGGGUACAGACUGAGUUCUAGGCCGGUCGCCCCUGAGCUUCUGCUGGACAUGGGUCACCCCCUCCAAG